AUGUGCCACUUUCAGGUCUCCUCACACUGCUGGUGGGUUCCAUUUUGUCAUAGGGUGCUGGCAGAUUACGGGCCUCCCAUUGCUGCUGCCAGGCCCGUAAUCUGCCAUGGGCCCCCGUACCGCCUCCUCAUGCUGCUGCCAGGUCCAGAGUGUCUCAUGGGUCCCUGUACGGCCUCCCAUUGCUGCUGUCUCCAUCGCCACACUCUGCCAUGUGCCACUUUCAGGUCUCCUCACACUGCUGGUGGGUUCCAUUUUGUCAUAGGGUGCUGUAUGGCCUCCCAUUGCUGCUGCCUCCUCCGCCACACUGUGGCUCCACACUCUGGUUUUGGCCCCGUGACUGCCCAAAUGAGUGAAGUGUGCGGUGAUUCUAAGAUCGACGGCACUCAUCUGCAUGUCAUACUG